ACACUCUCGGCGUGCCCGUUCCUUGGCCACCAGUUAACCUUUCUUCUUGUGCUCCAUCUCCUAUACUGCCUAUUUACACCUUCUAACAAUAGCAUGCACCUGUGCUAGCUGCUGUAAUUAACCACCUAAUUAAACUAAACCACAGACACAAACACACACAUAUUCUCUCUCUCUCCCUAAUUAAUUCUCUCUCUCUCUCUCUAGAGUGGAAGGUUAUAAGAGUUGCAAAGCAACAGCAAAGCCUUGCAGAGAAGAGAAGACACAUAUAUAUCCAAAGUCACCAACACAUCACAGGAGAAGAAGAGAAGAAGAAGAAGAAGAAGAAGAAGAAGAAGAAGCAAAGGCAGCUUGGUAGCUAGGCUAGGUUUUUGCCAUUCCUACUCCUCUUUCCUCUCCUCCAUUGAUAAGGAGGCAAAGAGAUCGAAACUUGCUAUUCAUUCUCCACUUCGAUUCCAUCCAUCGUUUCUUGCUUUCGAUCGAUCGCCAUGCAAGCCACCGAUCACGCCGACACAGAGCGCGCUCUGGCGUUCGUCGCCAUGUCCGUGGAGGACAAGCACGCCGGGGUCGUCAAGCGCAAGCGCACCAAGAGGCCGCGCCACCACGCGGCGCCGGCCUCCUCCUCCGAGAGCACCACCACCGAGGAGGAGGACAUGGCGCACUGCCUCAUCCUGCUUGCUCAGGGCGCCGCCGUCGUCGACUCCAAGCCGUCCACGCCAGCGCCGCCGCCGCCGCCGCCUGCGCAGCCUCCGGUGCUCGCCGCGCCCGCGCCCGCGCCGCCGCCGCCGCAGCCGCCGGUGGUGGUGGUGAAGAGCGAGAGGUACACGAGCCGCAAGUACACGGAGGCGGCCACCACGGCGGACGGCGUCAGGGCCGGGUUCUACGUCUACGAGUGCAAGACGUGCAACAAGUGCUUCCCCACCUUCCAAGCCCUCGGCGGCCACCGCGCCAGCCACAAGAAGCCUCGCCUCCCCGGCGCCGACGACGACAACGUUAACAACGUCACCAACACCAACGCCAUCGUCGUCAAGUCCAAGCCGCCGCUGACGACGACGACGACGCCGUCGGCACCGUCUCCACCGCCGCCUCAGGCGGACGCCGUCGUGGUCCCGGACGUCACCACCGUGCUGAGCCUGAACAACGUGGCCGCCGCCGGCAGCAUAAUCAACAAGCUGAGGGUGCACGAGUGCUCGAUAUGCGGCGCCGAGUUCGGCUCCGGGCAGGCGCUGGGCGGCCACAUGCGGCGCCACCGGCCGCUGCACGCGCCGCCGGAGCGCGCGGCGACCACGGCCGCCACCACCGCCGCCACCGCCACCGCCCCGGACACCAAGAAAGAGGGAAGCACGAGCAUCAACCUGGAGCUCGACCUCAACCUGCCGGCGCCGUCCGACGAGGAGUCCGUGUCUCCUCCGCCGCCGCCGCCGCCGCCGGUGCUCCUGGCUCUCGGCGGGCAGUUCAACGACGGCAAGAAGCCAAUUCUGCAGCUCACCGCCUCCGCCGCGCUGGUCGGCUGCCAUUAUUGACAUGACAUGAGCAAAGCUAAGCUCAAGAAUUCUUUUCGUGAUUAACACUGAUCAAUUGAUCAUUUUUUUCACUUCUUCUUCUUAAUUUUUUUCUGGGGGAUUAAUCACUAUACAUGCAUGUUUACUUACAAAUUUGUUUGGCAUGUACAUCAAGCUGGAAACUGUAACAUAUACUAUUGAUUCUUUCGAUUCUUUUCUGUAAGAUUAACUAUACAUACAUACAUACAUAGGGAUUGAUUGACAUUUAUACAUAUGAAAAUGAAUCAAGUUUGAGAUCAA